GGCACUCUGUUACCACAGCAAGCCUUAUCCAGCCCAGUGCUUCGACGUCACCGUAAAGGCCCCGCCCUGGGCGUGGUCUUUGCUUUUCAAACGCCCCGCAGACUUCUUCGUCCCUGAGUUUUGUAAACACAAAAGGUGUAGGUCAGUGUAGUGUACGGUGUCACUAGUUUUGUCCUCUGUACACCUAUCCCGCUUCUGAUGAGCCCCAGCGGCCGCUCUCUGUACCCUGCCUGUGAGCGGAGCCUGAUAUGUGCCUGGACUGCAGGGCUGAGGCUCUGCGAGACUUCUACAAAGCCAAGUGCCUGGAGAGCCCGACCGGGACUGUACGGGGAAUGGACUGAGCAGGGGGAACCAUGGACUCUGUCAUCUGAGCCUCGCACAUAAGGAGUUCACUCAGCGCCUGCAGCCUUGGAGAGAUAUCUGUGCUAGCUAAAGAAACUGGAAGGGCAGAAGUACAUUUUUACAAUGAAGUGUACGGGGUUGUCCGAGUGUCAGCGCUUGCAGUUCUUGUUGGAAAACGCACUUCUUAUGGAAACGAGCAAAUGGAAGGUGCCAUGUUUUCUAGAUUCCGCUAUCAAGGGUACAGAUAUCUCUCCAAUGCAGUAUGAGCAAGUAGUUCUUUGGAUGGAUGAAUUGAGAUUACACUUCCAAUUUUAUCCUGAAACAUUUGGCUCGGCUGCUAGUUUUCUCAAUCGCAUCUUGGCAACUGUAAAAGUCCAGGUGAAGUAUCUUCGAUGUAUUGCCAUCACGUGCUUAUAUCUUGCUGCCAAAACCAAUGAAGAAGAUGAGAUAAUUCCAUCAGUGAAGAAGCUUGCAGUGCAGAGUGGCUGCCUGUACUCAUCUGCUGAAAUUUUAAGGAUGGAAAGGAUCAUACUGGAUAAACUGCAAUGGGAUUUGUACACAGCCACACCAGUUGACUUCCUGAACAUUUUUCAUGCCAUGGUGAUGUUCAGCUGGCCUCAUCUCUUCGGCAGCUUCUCUCAAAUAAAUCCUUCUCGCCACGUGGCGCUCUUAACAAGGCAGCUGCAGCACUGCAUGGCGUGCCACCAGUUACUGCAGUUUAGGGGUUCUACGCUGGCCUUAGCAAUUAUCGCCUUGGAGUUGGAGAGGAUGACGGCUGACUGGUUCCCUGUUAUGAGUGACCUGAUGAAGAAAACAAAAGUUGACGGCACCAAUUUAAUUGAUUGUAAGGAACUAGUUGACCAAUGCCUUGAAGCCCCAUCCAAUCCUGUCUACAUAUUAAUCUCAGCUAGUAAAGGUGCAAACUCUGACCAGGAGCAAUUUUCUUGCUGCAUUCCUUCAACAAGCUAUUGUCCACCAGUCUCCCGGAUAGGCAUGAGAAAAUCUCUGUCCAAAACCUCUGGUAAUGAGUUUGCUUGUGAAAGUGUAAUGGAGACCGAUGACUUUUAUGAUGGCUUUCAGUAUCUUUAUAAUCAAGACCGUAUUCCAGACAGUGAGGAAAUGACCGAGGUCCUUCUAGAUGCCAAGUCACAAUUGGAGGAUGAAGGCAGCGGGCAGUGCCCCCUGUUACAGCCACCACAAAAAAUCUAGUAGAUGUUCGCUGUAAGACCACUGCCAAAACGUACUGGAGGUUGUCAGGGAUUCCAGAGCAAUACAUUUUGUAGUCUUGCCAAAUAAAUGCAUUUGUUUGUUCCGUCUAAUGCAAACCAAAUUUAAGGCGCAGGAAAGGUCUAAAGAAAACCUGUCAUGACUGAAAUAUGUAGGCCAUUGCUUGCUUCUUCUGAAACAUUGUCUGACUGUCACGUCAGUGCUUUGGCUUCAGCACUUUCUAAAACAUUGACACAGGACAAGUAUGAAGAUUUGGCGUUCUGACUAUCACUUGCUACCUUCUUGUUUUGGAUCUAUGACUCAAAUAUUACAUGCAGAUCACAAUGAGGCUAGCAAUGGCAUCAUACACGUUUCUUUUGUAACGGUAUAGUUUUAACGGUUCUAGAAUGUUAGAAAUGCUGUAUUGUACAUUGGGGCUUCUUUUGCUUUUUUUUUUUUUUUUUUUUUAAAUCGAUGAAUGCUGUAUUGGUGACUUUUUUAUAUCUGUCUCUAAAUGCCAGGCCUUUUGUGAAAGAAUAGGUCUUGCCUAGGGCAACCAGAUUCCUGUUUUGGUCAGGGAAGUGUGGGAGAUGGAAUGUCUGGCAGAAUGGUGGGACCUGUGCUCUCGUUACAAUUUAGGCUGAAUACACAAAGCUUUACAACAAGGAUAAGGAUGUGACGGUCAUUCUCAAACCUCAUUACACUCUGCUGGAAAAA